ACUGACGAGGAUCUGAUGGACUGGCUCGGCGCCUUCUUCGGGUUCCAGCGGGACAACGUGCGGAACCAGCGGGAGCACCUGGUGCUCCUCCUGGCCAACGCGCAAAUGCGGCUCUCCUCCUCCGCGGACACGCCCGACACACUCGAGCCCCGCGUCGCGCGCUCCCUUCGCCGGAAGCUCCUCCGCAACUACACCUCGUGGUGCGGAUUUCUCGGCCGCCAGACCAACGUCUUGGUUGCUGACGGCGACCUCCGCGCCGACCUGCUCUUCACGGGGCUCCACCUCCUCGUAUGGGGCGAGGCCGCCAACCUCCGCUUCAUGCCGGAGUGCCUCUGCUACAUCUACCACCGCAUGGCGCUCGAGCUGCAUCGAAUCCUGGAGGACGACGUCGACGACAAUGGCCGCUCUGCCAACCCCGCCGUGCAGGGCGAGGACGCCUUCCUCGCCCGCGUCGUUGAGCCCAUUUACGGUGUCAUCCGCGCCGAGGCCGAGUCCAGCUGCAACGGCACCGCGGCGCACGCUGCCUGGCGGAACUACGAUGACAUCAACGAGUACUUCUGGCGGCGCGACGUGUUCGACCGCCUGGGCUGGCCCUUGGACCAGUCGCGGCAGUUCUUCCACACGCCGCCCGAGCGCAGCCGCGUCCGCAAGGCGGGCUUCGUGGAGGUGCGCUCGUUCUGGAACAUUUACCGGAGCUUCGACAGGCUGUGGGUGAUGCUGGUGCUCUACCUGCAGGCCGCGGUGAUCGUGGCAUGGGAUGAGGAUGCUGCGACGUGGCCGUGGCAAAGUCUCAAGGCGCACCGUGAGGUCCAGGUGCACGCGCUUUCCAUUUUCAUCACCUGGGCCGGGCUCCGCCUCCUGCAUACGCUGCUGGAGAUUGGCACGCAGUCUCGCCGGGUCACUGGGGACAGAGACGGUCGCGUGCUUGCCGCGCGCAUGGUGCUCAAGGCCUUUGCGGCGGCCGGGUGGGUCCUCACAUUUUCCCUACUGUACAAGGGGAUCUGGGACCAGAGGGACAUUGAUCAGAGCUGGUCGCCAGCGACUGAUGCACGAAUCAUGGGGUUUUUGUAUGCAGCCGCGGUGUUUGUGCUCCCUGCGGUCCUCGCCAACUUGCUCUUCAUUUUCCCCUGUGUGCGGCGGUAUUGGUAUGCAUUGGAGAUGACAAACUGGAAAAUCUGUUACCCUCUCAGCUGGUGGUUCCAUAGCAGCAUCUAUGUUGGCCGUGGGCUAAGGGAGACUGGCACCUUUGACAAUGUGAAAUACUCAGCCUUCUGGAUACUCCUGCUUGCUGUCAAGUUUUCCUUCAGCUACUUCCUCCAGAUCAGACCACUUGUGACACCCACCAAAGAGAUAUACAGCCUUAGUACGGCAGCAUAUGCUUCUUGGCAUGAGUUCUUUAGCCAGAGGAAUCCAUUUGCUGUGCUCUUACUGUGGUUCCCGGUGGUUUUGAUCUACCUCAUGGAUAUACAGAUCUGGUAUGUCAUCCUAUCUUCUCUGACUGGCGCGUUGAUGGGGCUUUUGUUGCACUUGGGGGAGAUCAGGGACAUGGAACAGCUGCGACUUCGGUUUCAGUUCUUUGCAAGUGCCAUGUCAUUUAACAUCAUGCCGGAGGAGCAGCAUGAGAUUAGUGGGCCCAGCAAUUUUCUCAGCCGGCCCUGGGUUCGGAGUUUCUUGCGCCGGUUGCAGUUACGGUAUGGGCUAUUCCCAUACCGAUCCAUCUCCCUUGAGUCAAACAAGGUAGAGGAACGACGGUUUGCGCUGAUUUGGAAUGAGAUAAUCGCCAAGUUCCGGGAAGAGGACAUUGUAAGUGAUGUUGAGGUUGAGCUUCUUAGGUUGCUACCUGAGCUCAGUAAUGUGCGCGUAAUCCGCUGGCCAUGUUUCUUGCUCUUCAACGAGUUGUCUCUCGCACUUGGUCAGGCAAAAAACUUCCAAGGAUCUUCUGAUCUCAGGCUCUGGAGCAAGAUCUGCAAGAAUGAUUGUCGCCGGUGUGCGGUUAUUGAGGUAUAUGAUACCACAAAAUACUUGCUGCUAGAGAUCAUCAAGGACAGACGAACCGAUGAACGUGCCAUCGUGACAGAGCUGUUCCAUGAAUUCGAUAGCUCCAUGGAAAGGGAGAAGUUCACAGUCGAGUAUAAGAUGUCCGUGCUGCAAGAUAUCCAUGCAAACCUCGUAGGUCUACUAAGCCUACUUCUGGAGCCCAACAAGGACAUGAGCAGGAUUGUCAAUGCGCUUCAGACUCUCUAUGAUGUUGUGACUCGUGACUUCCCGACCGAGGAAAUGAUCGAGGUGGCGGCACGCGCGACUACCAACCAUCUUUUCGUAGACACCGUUGUGCUGCCGCGUGAUGAGGAGAAUGGCACCACCUUCUAUAAGCAGGUGCAGCGCAUGCACACCAUCCUUACCUCAAGGUCAAAGGACCAUAUGAUCGAUGUCCCAAAGAACCUUGGAGCUCGCCGAAGGAUUGCUUUCUUCAGCAAUUCAUUGUUCAUGGACAUGCCACGAGCAACCAAGGUGGAGAAGAUGAUGGCCUUCAGUGUCUUGACACCAUAUUACAAUGAAGAGGUCUUGUACAACAAGGACCAGCUCUACAAGGAGAACGUAGAUGGCAUCUCGAUCUUGUACUAUCUGCAGCAGAUUUACCCGGAUGAGUGGGAGUUCUUUAUCGAGCGCAUGAAGCGGGAGGGCAUGUGUCAUAUCGAGGAGCUGUACAGCGAGGAGCAGAGGUUAAGGGAUCUCCGGCAGUGGGUCUCAUACAGGGGACAGACGCUAUCCCGCACCGUGAGGGGGAUGAUGUAUUACUAUGAAGCUCUCGAGAUGCUGACUUUUCUUGAAUCCGCAUCUGAAGAGGAAUUGGUUGCUGGAUCCAGCACGAGCAGGCCUUCUUCUUCAAGCAGCGCAUCUUCUUCACGUGCACCGAGCAGAGCAAGCAGUGGCGUGAGCUCCUUGUUUAAAGGUGGCGAGUGUGGGGCUGUCUUUCUGAAAUACACUUAUGUGGUUGCAUGCCAAAUUUACGGUCAGCAGAAAGCUAGAGAUGACCCCCAUGCCGUUGAGAUACUGGAGCUAAUGAAGAAGUACGAGGCACUCCGUGUUGCGUACGUUGACGAGAAACGCUCCAACGGCAACGGUGGUGAAACGGAGUAUUUCUCCGUCCUUGUGAAAUACGAUCAGCUGCUACAACAGGAGGUUGAGAUCUACCGGAUUAAGCUGCCCGGGCCGUUGAAGCUUGGCGAAGGCAAGCCAGAGAACCAGAACCAUGCGCUCAUCUUCACAAGGGGUGAUGCGGUUCAAACCAUUGACAUGAACCAGGACAACUACUUUGAAGAAGCUCUCAAGAUGAGAAACCUGCUCGAGGAGUUGAAUCCACGAGUUCGUCCGUCGGUUCGCAAGACGCCAAAAAUCCUUGGAGUUCGGGAGCAUGUGUUCACCGGCUCUGUGUCUUCUCUUGCCUGGUUUAUGUCUGCCCAAGAAACAUGUUUCGUCACUCUGAGUCAGCGUGUCCUUGCUAAUCUACUCAAGGUUAGGAUGCAUUAUGGCCACCCGGAUGUAUUUGAUCGUCUUUGGUUCUUGGGCCGAGGUGGCAUUAGUAAAGCAUCAAAAGUGAUCAACCUCAGCGAAGAUAUAUUUGCUGGAUUUAACUGUACUCUGCGUCGGGGCAAUGUCACACACCAUGAAUACAUCCAGGUUGGUAAAGGAAGGGAUGUGGGGCUCAAUCAGAUCUCCAUGUUUGAAGCCAAGGUUGCUGGUGGCAAUGGGGAGCAAACUCUAAGCAGAGAUGUCUACAGACUGGGCCAAGGAUUGGAUUUCUUCCGGAUGCUCUCUUUCUUUUACACAACUAUUGGGUUUUAUCUCAACACAAUGAUGGUUGUGCUAACCGUAUAUGCAUUUGUGUGGGGCCGCUUUUAUCUUGCACUUAGUGGGCUCGAAGACUAUAUCAGCAGCAACACUAGCUCUAUUGAUAAUGCAGCUCUGGGGGCUGUGUUGAACCAGCAGUUUAUCGUACAGCUUGGCCUGUUCACAGCAUUGCCCAUGAUUAUUGAGAGCUCACUUGAGCAUGGUUUUCUGACCGCGGUGUGGGAUUUCAUAAUAAUGCAGUUGCAGUUUGCGUCUGUCUUCUACACCUUCUCCAUGGGGACCAAGACACACUAUUUUGGGCGGACACUUCUUCAUGGAGGUGCAAAGUACCGUCCUACUGGCCGUGGUUUCGUGGUGGAGCACAGGAAAUUUUCCGACAACUAUAGGCUAUACGCCCGUAGCCAUUUCAUGAAAGCAAUAGAGCUUGGUGUGAUAUUGUCCCUUUAUUUCUCUUAUAGCAACGUCUCUGGGAGUACGUUGGUGUACAUCCUGCUGACGCUUUCUAGUUGGUUUCUAGUAUGCUCGUGGAUUCUUGCCCCCUUCAUUUUUAACCCAUCGGGUUUGGACUGGCAGAAGAAUGCCGAUGAUUUUGAGGAUUUCUUCAACUGGAUUUGGUUCCGGGGUGGAAUUUUGGUCAAGUCCGAGCAAAGCUGGGAGAGGUGGUGGGAAGAGGAAACCGACCAUCUCCGAACCACUGGCCUGUGGGGGAGCAUCAUUGAGAUCAUACUGGACCUCCGGUAUUUCUUCUUCCAGUAUGCUAUUGUGUAUCGGCUUCACAUAGCCGGUGGGAGUAGAAGCAUCCUUGUCUAUGUUCUAUCAUGGGUAUGCAUACCGAUGGCUCUUGUGGCUCUUGUCACGAUUACCUACUUCAGAGACAAAUAUUCAGCAAAGAAGCACAUCCGCUACCGGCUUGUCCAGGCUGUUACUGUUUGUGCCUCUUUGGCGGCUAUAGUUGUGCUGCUUGCACUUACAGAGUUCCAGUUCAUUGACACUUUCACCUGUCUCUUGGCUUUUAUACCAACUGGCUGGGGGAUCAUAUCCAUUGCUCUGGUUUUCAAGCCGUGCCUGGGGAAGUAUGGCACUGUUUGGAAAACCGUGGUUGAUGUGGCACGUUUUUAUGAUAUAAUGUGCGGAUUAAUUGUGAUGGCACCGAUAGCUAUCUUGUCAUGGUUGCCCGGACUCGAGGAGAUGCAAACAAGGAUCCUGUUUAACGAAGCUUUCAGUAGGGGACUUCAUAUUUCCCAAAUGAUUACUCGCAAAAAAGCACGUGGAGCUUAA